AAAAAAUUAAACGGCGUUCUGUUUACGGGUCUUUCCCGUCUAGGAGGAGAUCGACUUGAGCUACCUACCCUGGGAUAAUUAUUGCAGGGGCGGGCACUCUCGCCGACGCGCCCCACGCCGCAGCAUGCUUCGAAGGUGCCAUGUCGGCGGCGCCGCCAUGACCAAGCUCCGCCGGGGGCUCGUCAGCCUCCCGCUGCGGACCCUGUCGUUCCCGGCCGUGCGCGCCCUGCUCGUCUGCGGCUUCCUCUGGCUGCUCGCCUUCACCUACGGCCGACUCUUCCUGUGGCGCGACCCCCACAGUGCCUACUUCCGCUCCGAAGGCGUCUACGACCUCGACUACUCGGCCGCUCGCCAGGCCGAAGCCCGCGCCUUUCUCCAACAAGUCAGCGCCGAGGUUACCGCCGACACAAAGGCCCACGGCGGCGCCGGCAAGACCAACGCUGAUGGAGCUGCUGCGCCCGAACCACGGCCCAAGGCGGGCCCCACCCCGGUCGUGUGCGCCGCCUUCGCGACCGUCCGACGCGACGGCGAUGUCGCCCGCCAGUACCUGGCCGACGCCGUGGGAUCGAUGCUGGCCGGCCUCGACCCGCGCGAGCGCGCCGCCAUUCACGUCAAGCUGCUCUUCGCCAACACGGACCCCGCGCAGCACCCGGAUUGGAAGGCCCCGUGGGUGGACGCCCUGAUCGAUGACGCGUCCGGGUACCGAGGCCUGACGGACCUGGAGCGGGCCGGGCUGCGCAAGGCCGAGGAAGAGCGCGACGUGCAGCUCAAGGGCAAUUUCGACUACCUGUACCUCCUCGAGCGCUGCCUCAAGGACACCGACGCGCCCUUCAUCGCCGUGUUCGAGGACGACAUCAUCUUCUCGGCCGACUGGGCCGCGCGCACCCUGCGGGGGCUGCAGUACCUCGUGCGCGACCACCAGAAGGCCGAGGGGGACAAGGACUGGCUGUACAUGCGCCUGUUCUACACCGAGACGCACCUCGGCUGGGCCGCCGAGCACGACUGGUGGUACAACCACCUGCCGCUCACUCUGGUCAUGGCCGCCGCCGGCUCCGCCCUCGUCCUCGUGCUCCUGCGCCUCGCGGGCUGCGGGCCCCGGCUGCGGCUCGACUGGGCCACCAUCGCCGUCGUCUCGCUGGUCGUCGCCCCCGGCUUCACGGCCCUCGCCUUCAUGGCGGGCAAGCACAACCUCCCGCUGCCGGGCUACAGCCUCCACCACAACGUCCCGUUCGGCCCGCCCGACUCCGCGCUGGCGGCGGGCGUCGCGCCCAUGGACAAGAACGCGUGCUGCACCCAAGCCAUCGUCUUCCACCGGCCCGCCCUGCCCGCCCUGAUCAAGAACCUCCGGAAGCGAGAGCGGGGCCAGACGGACUCCAUGAUUGAGGAGUACUGCGACGCCACGGGCUUCAAGAGGUUCGCGCUGCGCGAGCAGGCCGUCCAGCAUGUGGGCUUGGUCAGCAGCCGGGGCAUGCGGGUAGUCGACGCAAAGAGCGUGUGGGCGUUUUGGUUCGAGGCGAAUAAGCCUGCGGCCGUGGAGAAGUCUCAUCGCAAGAUGCUCGAGGAGAUCGACUGGGCCAUGUUCGAUAGACUAGCCGCCGGUGGAUAAGCCGUCUGCCGGUUGUUGCAUUCAAUAAAGUUGCGUGUCGGCAUCCGCGUCUGCUCUCCGCUUUCUCGGGGGUUACGACGCUUUGCUGUUUCUAUACCGCCCUCGAUAUUUCCUUUUUUUUUUUUUUUCCCCCGACGCUCCACCGUCAAUGAAACCACCGUCACUGCGCGUCUCGAUGUCGCGGUUGCUUUACGACAAACCAGGGUUGACCACGCCCACUGAGCGAUCUUUUGGUAC